AUGGCGCUCCAUGAGCUAUAUUUGCGAAACAAAGCCAUUAAAGUUCCGACAGUCUACGAGAGGCUCGGAGCAAUCGAGAGAUACGUUGACUCACAUUUGUCUACAAGUACUUCACCCGAACAGCAACUCUCCUCGUUAAAUGUCAAGCCAGGCCCUCCGUCGGAUUUCCACUCCAGAGCAGAAUCAGAUCGGUUUGUUCCCGGUACGAAGCCCACUCUUCUGAGAAACGCGUCAAUUUGGACUGGCCGUCGUUCUGGUCUCGAAGUCAUUCAUGGAGAUCUUCUACUGGACAAGGGUUUGAUUCAGUUUGUAGGACAGGCGCGUGAUGUCCUUGGUAAAUAUGAGGGUUUAGACCUUACGACCGUGGAUUUGUCUGGAGCUUGGGUCACACCUGGCAUCAUCGAUAUUCACUCUCACAUCGGGGCGCACAGUUCUCCCCUUUUGGACGGAGCUUAUGACAUUAAUUCAUACAAAGGACUGGUUCAGCCGUGGUUACGUAUCCUUGACGGUUUGAAUACGCAUGAUGACUCGUAUAAGUUAUCUAUCUCUGGCGGUGUCACGACAUCAGUAAUACUUCCUGGAUCUGUAAACUCUAUUGGUGGUCAGGCGUUCGCUAUUAAGUUGCGCCCAACGGAGGCAAACACCCCAGGUUCCAUGCUUUUGGAACCUCCUUAUUCAAUAAAUGGCUCUCAUGUUGACCCACUUUCACCUCCUCGUUGGAGACAAAUGAAACAUGCAUGUGGCGAGAACCCCAGCCACGCCUAUUCGGGUACGAGAAUGGACACUAUUUGGGCGUUUCGUGAAGGCUACGAGCACGCACGUAAGAUCAAAGAAGCUCAGGACGAAUAUUGCUCUAAAGCUUUCUCUGGUGGAUGGGAUGGGCUGGGUGAUUUUCCCGAAGAUUUACAAUGGGAGGCUCUAGUGGAUGUAUUGAGAGGUCGUGUUAAGGUUCACGCCCACUGCUAUGAAGCUGUAGAUCUUGAUGCGCUAGUACGGCUCACAAACGAGUUUCAAUUUCCCAUCGCCGCAUUUCAUCAUGCACAUGAAGCAUACCUUGUUCCCGACCUCUUGAAGCAGGCUUACGGACAUCCUCCUGCAAUAGUUUUAUUUGCAACUGAGGCUAGAUAUAAGCGAGAGGCCUACCGAGGCUCGGAAUAUGCUCCUCGUAUCUUGGCAGAGAAUGGUAUUGAUGUCAUUAUGAAAAGCGAUCACCCAGUGUUGAAUUCUCGCUUUCUUCUUUAUGAAGCUCAACAAGCACAUUACUAUGGUCUUCCCCAGAAUCUGGCCCUCGCUUCUGUUACGUCGACACCCGCCAGGAUCAUGGGACAAGAUCAUCGCAUUGGCUUCAUUCAGCAAGGAUAUGAUGCGGACAUUGUCGUGUGGGAUAGCCACCCGCUCUCUCUGGGGGCUACGCCUAAACAGGUCUACGCAGACGGUAUCCCUCAGAUAGAAUCCCCUUAUACAGCCAUCAAACCAGCCUCUUUGCAAAAUGCUCCAGUGGCACCAAAUUUUGAUACGGAAGCAUUCGACACUUUGAAACACACCGGUCUCCCCCCCCUUGAGGCAAAGAAGGCAAAACCUGGAGAAACUGUUGUUUUCACUAACAUCAGCAAUAUAUUUGUCAAGGCUGGCAGCAUAAUUCAGCAAGUUUAUUCUCCUAGUAAAAAUAUAGUGCCCGCUAUUGCCAUAGUAAAAAACGGCAAAGUCGUUUGUCAAGGAUCUGAGACGGUAUGUUCAAAGGACUUACCAAGCCUAAGGAGUAAAGCAAGAUGGGUAGAUCUAGAAGGUGGUUCUAUCUCCCCUGGACUUGUGUCUUUUGGAUCACCUCUUGGUCUGCAGGAGAUGCAGGGAGAACUGUCCACUGUCGAUGGUAGUGUUAUUGAUCCCCUUUCAAACGUGAUUCCAAAACUUCUUGAGGGGGGCGAAGUGAUUCAUGCCUCCGAUGGCUUGCAAUAUGCUGCCCGUGAUGCCUUGCUUGCUUACCGGUCGGGUGUAACUUCUGGAAUCAGUGCACCCAAGUCUACUGGUUUCCUCUCUGGUUUCAGCACCGUUUUUGCAACUGGCGCUGCUAAUAAACUUGAAAAAGGAGCACUCAUCCAACGUAACGCUGCUUUGCACGUUGCGAUUAGCCAUUCUAACUCUGGCCCGAGUAUCAGCACUCAAAUAGCUACUCUACGUAGGCUCUUACUUGGAACUACGAAUAUUAAUGAAUUUAGCGACGCUGCGGAGGGCAAGAUACCUUUGGUGGUCAAAGUUGAGAGUGCCGAUGUCAUAGCUUCUCUGAUUGAACUCAAAGCGGAAGUCGAGGAACAAAUGGGGAAUAAACUUCAACUAACGCUCGUAGGUGCUUCAGAAGCUCAUCUACUAGCUCGUGAAAUCGGUGAAGCGAACGUCGGUGUGAUAUUGAUACCGUCACGUCCUUUCCCUUUUACAUGGGAAUCCCAGAGAAUAUUACCUGGCCCACCAAUCACGAAGGACAGCGCAAUUUCCCUUCUUCUUGCUCACCACGUCACUGUUGGGAUAGGUAUAAAAGAGCAAUGGAGCGCGCGUAACACACGCUUUGAUGCGGCCUGGGCGGCACUCGAAGCUGACGGCCAAAUUUCAGAAAUUCAAGCCUUGUCAUUGGCAUCCACAAAUCUAGAAACACUGCUCGGUGUCAGGUCUGACCUUACAGACGGUGAUCUUGUAAUCACGCGGUCUGGAGGCUUGCUGGAUAUGCAAGGAAAAGUUAUAGCUACCAUUUCUGCUCGUAGAGGAGUGGUAGAUUUUAUUUAA